AUGGCGGGCAUGCAUCCCAUCCCCUACCUCCUACGCAGGCGACCAGCAGGGCGUGCACCCACCCCCCAGCACGGGCGGCCAGAGGGGAGCGCACAGCCCCCCUCGGCACUGGUGGCCGCUGGGGGCGCGCCCCCCCACCCCGCUGCACGGGCGCGCGAACGCGGCGGCGAGGGCGUCACCAUCUUUGAAGGGGACUCGCGCUCCACACCAUCCCUCGCCAGGCCCCUUAGACGCCAUGUUGCUGCGGGGCGGAAGGAGCGGAUCCCGGUGGGGACAGGAGGUGAAGCGACAAAGGUUUGGGGACACCCACCACUGACAAAGGUCCUGGCAAGCUUCUUUGGGAAGCUGCUGGGGCAGGAAAUGGACCCCCUCAAGAAUGUGCUGGUGACUGUGGGUGCUUAUGGAGCCCUGUUCACAGCUUUCCAAGCCUUGGUGGAUGAAGGAGAUGAGGUCAUCAUCACUGAACCCUUUUUUGACUGUUAUGAGCCCUUGACAUUGAUGGCUGGAGGUCACCCUGUAUUUAUGCCCCUGAAGUUGAGCCCCUCCAAUAAUGGGGAACUGGAUUCCAGCAGCAACUGGCACCUAGACCCUACAGAGUUGGCCAGCAAAUUUACAUCUCGCACCAAAGUCUUGAUCCUCCACACAGCCAACAACCCUCUGGGAAAGGUCUUCUCCAAGGCAGAACUGGAGCUGGUGGCCAGCUUGUGCCAGCAGCAUGACAUGGUGUGCAUCAGUGAUGAGGUCUACCAGUGGCUGGUCUUUGACGGGAACCAGCACAUAAGCAUCACCAGUCUUCCUGGGAUGUGGGAACGCACCCUGACCAUCGGCAGUGCUGGCAAGACGUUUAGUGCCACCGGCUGGAAGGUGGGCUGGGCCCUCAGCCCAGAUCAUCUCAUGAAGCACCUGAAGAUUGUGCACCAGAACUCGGUGUUUCACUGUCCCACACAGACCCAGGCUGCAGUGGCCUGGAGCUUUGAGCGGGAGCAGCAGCACUUCGGCGAGCCCAGCAGCUGUUUUGUCCAGCUCCCAGAGGCCACCCAGCACAAAAGGGACCACAUGGUACACAGCCUACAGUCGGUGGGGCUGCGGCCCAUCAUCUCCCAGGGUAGCUACUUCCUUGUCACAGACAUCUCAGACUUCAAGAGCAAGAUGCCAGACUUGCCUGGUGCUGAAGAUGAGGCCUAUGACAGUCGCUUCAUCAAGUGGAUGAUCAAGAACAAGGGUUUGAUGGCCAUGCCAGUCUCCGUCUUCUACAGUGUACCACAUCAGAAGCUCUUUGACCACUACAUCCGCUUCUGCUUUGUAAAGGAUGAAGCCACACUCCAGGCCAUGGAUGAGAAGCUGCAAAAAUGGAAAGCUGAACUCACACCCUGA